GUAGUAAACGCAAACCUGGUUGGUCGCAUCAAGUCAUCAACUAACUCUUACACGAACGAGACUUUUCUGACAUGGAUUUCACCCAGCUUUUAACGACCACAUCUGUCUAGUGUGGACCUUCCAUUUCUCUCUAGUCUCCAGUCUCCACCGUCCAGACCACCACCGGAUCCGGCCUCCUUCUAACCAACACCCGGACGCCCUUAAUUCCGUCUUAUCAGUGUUUGGAGCGUCGAUCCCGGCCUCAUAACUAAGAGCACAUACUUGCGAUAUUUACCCUUGUGCUAAUAAUAGUUGCGAGAAUUUGCCAUUUGUGGUAGAAUGGCAACUGGAGCUAUGCCGGUUUCAUUUCCAGCACUCACAGGCAGGGAAUCUGGAUUGGAGUUCGGUAAAAGCGUGGAUUUCGUCAGAGUGUCUGACUUGAAGCGGGUUAAGUCUCGCCGGACCAAGGUUUCUGUGAUUACGAAUUCCAAUUUUGGGCCUGAUACGGUUGACCUUCAGCCCGCAUCAGCAGGGAGUCCACUUCUAGUUCCAAAGCAAAAGUAUUGUGAAUUAACACACAAAACGGUACGGAGAAAAACCAACACCGUGAUGGUUGGAAAUGUGGCAAUUGGUAGCGAGCAUCCUAUAAGAAUCCAAACUAUGACCACCACAGAUACUAAGGAUGUUGCUGGAACAGUUGAACAGGUAAUGAAAAUAGCUGAUACAGGAGCUGACUUUGUGCGCAUAACAGUGCAAGGCAAGAAAGAAGCUGAUGCAUGCUUUGAAAUAAAAAAUUCUCUUGUUCAAAAGAAUUGUAAUAUACCUUUGGUGGCAGACAUUCAUUUUGCCCCUUCAGUCGCACUUCGAGUUUCUGAAUGUUUUGAUAAAAUUCGUGUCAACCCUGGAAACUUUGCUGACAGGCGAGCCCAGUUUGAGAAGCUGGAGUACACAGAGGAAGAUUAUCAGAAUGAACUUGAGCACAUUGAGGAGGUGUUUACACCAUUGGUUGAGAAAUGCAAGAAGUAUGGGCGUGCUAUGCGUAUAGGUACAAACCAUGGGAGCCUAUCAGACCGCAUCAUGAGCUAUUAUGGGGAUUCUCCCAGGGGGAUGGUUGAAUCUGCAUUUGAGUUUGCAAGAAUUUGUCGGAAGUUGGACUUCCAUAACUUUCUGUUCUCAAUGAAAGCUAGCAACCCAGUUAUUAUGGUCCAGGCAUAUCGUCUUCUUGUAGCCGAGAUGUACAUCCAGGGAUGGGAUUAUCCAUUACACUUGGGAGUUACUGAAGCUGGUGAGGGUGAAGAUGGGCGGAUGAAAUCUGCAAUUGGCAUCGGAACACUGCUACUGGAUGGUCUGGGUGAUACAAUCAGGGUUUCCCUUACUGAACCUCCAGAAGAAGAGAUUGAUCCAUGUCGACGGCUGGCAAACCUUGGUAUGAGAGCAGCCAAGCUUCAGCAAGGAGUGGCACCUUUUGAAGAAAAGCACCGUCGCUAUUUUGACUUCCAACGACGAACAGGACAGUUGCCACUGCAAAAAGAGGGCGAAGAGGUAGAUUAUAGAGGUGUUUUGCACCGAGAUGGCUCUGUCAUCAUGUCUGUUUCCCUGGAUCAGUUGAAGGCACCUGAACUUUUGUACAAGUCAUUAGCAACAAAACUGGUUAUUGGCAUGCCAUUUAAGGAUUUAGCAACUGUGGACUCAAUUUUGUUGAGAGAGCUUCCACCAGUUCAUGACAAUGAUGCUCGUCUAGCUCUGAAGAGGUUGAUAGACAUCAGCAUGGGAGUCAUAACACCAUUAUCAGAGCAAUUAACAAAGCCAUUUCCUAACGCCAUGGUCUUGGUUACUCUCAAGGAAUUAUCUAGCUGUGCUCACAAACUUCUCACAGAGGUGCACGACUGGUUGUGUCUGUACGUGGUGAUGAACCCUAUGAAGAACUGGAAUUGCUAAAGAAAUCUGAUGCAACUUUGAUUCUUCACAAUCUACCAUGUACUGAAGAAAAAAUCAGCCGAGUUCAUGCUGCAAGGAGGCUUUUUGAAUAUCUUUCAGAAAAUUCCUUGGAUUUUCCAGUGAUUCAUCAUAUAGAAUUUCCUGAGAAAAUUCACAGGGAUGAUGUAGUAAUUGGUGCUGGAACUAAUGCUGGUGCUCUAUUGGUAGAUGGGCUUGGAGAUGGCGUGCUCUUAGAAUCUCCUGAUAAUGAUUUUGAGUUUCUUAGAAAUACAUCGUUCAAUCUUCUACAAGGAUGCAGGAUGAGGAAUACUAAGACGGAAUAUGUGUCAUGCCCCUCAUGUGGCAGAACUCUGUUUGACCUUCAAGAGAUAAGCGCAGAGAUACGUGAGAAGACGUCGCACUUACCUGGUGUUUCAAUUGCUAUAAUGGGCUGCAUUGUGAAUGGGCCUGGGGAGAUGGCCGAUGCAGACUUUGGAUAUGUUGGUGGUGCUCCUGGGAAGAUAGAUCUUUAUGUUGGAAAGACAGUGGUGAAACGAGGCAUUGCAAUGGAGGAAGCUACAGAUGCUUUGAUCAAUCUAAUUAAAGAACAUGACCGCUGGGUGGAUCCUCCAGCAGAAGAUCAGAGUAAUUAGUCAGACACAGACAGUCUUCUAUAGUUCUAUUUAUGUGUCAAUGGGUGUGUAUACCAACUUCCACAUAAUGUGUACCAAACUGUAAGGUGGCCAUGUCCUUAAAUAUAAUAAAGUGGUCACUCACUCACUUGGCACGUCUAUAAGUCUUUACAGCUCAGUCUCUUCUUCUGACAGCUCGGUUCCAGCUUCCACAUAAUAUGAGAAGUAUGAAGUUUGUUUGGGAGAGAGGAAGUACAUGAUAAAACAACCUUUGUUCAAAUUUCAAAAUUCUAAUAAGCAUACAUCAUUAUAUACUACUCAUUUCGAUAAACCAGAAAGCAAAU